GCGAGGUCCGUUUCACCGCACGAAACAAUAAGAAAUCUUCUCAAAAUGGGACACGCCCUGAGAGCUCCUCGAGUCAGAGGAAACCCAGAAAGAACCAGAACGAGCUGAACAAAAGCCAGCUGAUUUUUUUCCCCAGCAGCCAUGACUGCAGGAAACGCGUGAGGUACGGCAACCCGCAAUCGGAGCCGUCAGUUUGAGAGAGAUUCUUCGCGGUUCCCCUCACGUCUUAAAUUUCAAUUUCGGACGUCGGCUUCAUGGCGGAUCCCUAGCAGUUUCCGGGUGAUAAAAAGUUCCUGAAUCUGGUUACGGCAGCUAGGGUUACGAUUCAUGACGACAGCUAGCACAGCCAGUGACGGCUAACUCUUUUUAAGGAAACCGGAUGCGUCCGUCGCACGCCGACCGUGCGUGAGGGCUCCAUUCUGGCGACGACGUUAGGAUCGUGCGACGACGCGUAGCGAGCCGUGCGACGGCGCGUGCGACGCUGGAGAGCGAUGCUGAGCGUGCUGCGAGUGCACCUGCCGUCCGACAUCCCCAUCGCCGGCUGCGAGCUGUGCCCCUACGUGCUGCUGCGCAAGCCCGAUGGCACCAUCACCACGGAAGACAUCCCCGACACCAACCCCAUCGAUGGCUACUACAUCCGCUGCCGCUGGUACCGUGUGCAGAGUGAUAAGAGGGUUGCUGUCUGCUCCGUGCACCCCAACGAGCCGGCCACCCUGCAGUGCCUGGGCUGCGUGAAGGCGAAGCUGCCCAUCGCCCGCAGCUACCACUGCUCGCCGCUCUGCUUCCAGUCCGCCUGGCCACGCCACCCGCGCGCUGCACUCGCGCGGGCUAGGCGGCAGCACCCACGCAGCAGCGACGGGACAAUCCCAGGGGAGAUUAGCGCUGGUGGUGGUGCUGCUGGGGUUGGGGGCGGGCAGAGGCGGGAGAAUGGGGGGGCGGCGGAGGAGGAGGAGCUGUUUGGGAAGUUCAACAUGGGGCGCGGAAAACCCUACACCCCCAGCACAGACGACGUGGGCCAUGUGCUAAAGCUCGAGUGCGUGCCCAUAGAAGCCGCCACAGGCCUCCCAGUGGCUCCCCCGUCCACUCUCCUCACCUCCCGGGUCAUCCCUGCCCCAUCCCCCACGCCCCGUCGCAUGGUGGCGGUUGGGGGGGGAGAGGGGGAAGGGCAGAUGGGGGGCGGAGGGGGGAGAGGGGGGUUCACGCUGCUGUCGUACAAUGUGUUGGCGGACCUGUAUGCGACGAGUGAGAUGUACAGCUACUGCCCGCCCUGGGCGCUCUCAUGGGCGUAUAGAAAACAGAACUUGCUGCGGGAGCUGCUGGGAUAUCGAGCUGAUAUCAUGUGCUUGCAGGAGGUGCAAAGCGACCACUUCGAGGAGUUCUUUGGGCCCGAGCUGGAGAAGCAGGGCUACGCUUCCGUGUUCAAGAAGAAGACGGCGGAGGUGUACACCGGCACGGCAUACGCCAUUGACGGCUGUGCCACCUUCUUCCGCCGGGAUCGGUUCUCCCUGGUCAAGAAAUAUGAGGUGGAGUUCAACAAGGCGGCUCUCUCGCUUUCUGAAGCCCUGGCGCCACCUACCAAGAAGGCUGCUCUCAACCGCCUGCUCAAGGACAAUGUGGCGCUGAUAGUGGUGUUGGAGGCGAGAGACGCGGGGGACGGGAAGGAUGGCGCAUCUGGUGCUCCUGCGAAGAGACAGCUUCUCUGUGUGGCCAACACGCACAUUCAUGCCAACCCGGAGCUCAAAGACGUCAAGCUAUGGCAGGUGCACACGCUGCUCAAGGGCCUUGAGAAGAUCGCAGCUAGUGCCGACAUCCCCAUGCUGGUGGCGGGAGACUUCAAUAGUGUGCCUGGCAGUGCGCCGCACUCUCUCCUUGCUACGGGACGGGUGGAUGCCAACCACCCAGAGCUCGCCACCGACCCACUCGGCAUCUUGCGGCCCGCCUCGAAGCUCUGCCACCAGCUGCCCCUGGUCAGCGCAUACGCCUCUCUGAGCCGUGGGGGCUCCGUGGCGGAGAGGCAGCGGCGGAGAAUGGACGCCAGCAGCAGCGAGCCGCUCUUCACCAAUGUGACGCGCGACUUCAUGGGCACGCUGGACUACGUCUUCUACACCGCCGACUCUCUCUCUGUGGAGUCGCUGCUCGAGCUUCUAGACGAGGACACUGUGCGCAAGGACACCGCUCUACCCUCCCCCGAGUGGUCCUCCGACCAUCUUGCCCUGCUCACAGAGUUCAGAUACAAGCCCAGGAUGCGGCGAUAGAGGAGAAGACUCUGUUACAAACAAAGGACAGGGGGAGAAGACUGUAAAGGGUAUGUUGCAAAGUGGUCAUCUGUCCAUCUUGCUCCACUGACAGUCCAGAUACAAGCCUGGGGUGCAGCGGUAAAGAGGAAGUCUGUAAAGGGUACAGAACUGGGUGGUCACAAAAACACUUCUACUCUUCUGCUAGAUGCAGUUGGAUGGUGGGGCGGUAAAGGGGACGACUAUAAAGGGUACAGCCCAGGGUGGUCACCAGAUCAUCUUGCACCACUGGCAGAGCUGUAAGGUUAGGCAACGAUGCGGCGGUAAACGGAGGGGCUAUACGGGGUACGGGGUGUACCCGCAGAUGUUGGUCGCAUGUUUUCUUCCUAUACUGGACAGAAUAGGUGCAAGCUGAGGGGGAGAGAGGGAAGAAGCAGUAGGGGUGCUGGCUCAUAUGCAUUGGGAGGGGGGGGUCAAUCAAGCAUAUGGAAGAGGAGGCGGCGGGGAGGGAGUAAGCGUAUCGACGCCGCCAUGCCUUAUGAGGAGUCUGAUCGUUGGCAAAGGGAACUCCUAUGUGUGACGCUUGAGUGCUGUGUGGUGGUUCACCCUGUUGGCAUGUGGUGCCAUGUGCCAGUCUAUCCACAUCUGUUUGGGUCGUGCGAAGCCAUGAGCUCUGUUGGACAUCAGGGGGGUAUAAUACACUGGGCAGUGCAAGCAGUGGGGUGGUAUGUUGGGUUUGUGAGGUCCAAUGCUGGUAGGAGCUUGCGUUGACAACAGCAGUACCUAUCAGAACAGUCCGAUAGGGCCGGAUUAGUGUUUCAGCGGGCAAGAGGGGAGAUGCCUUGGCAGCAAACAGGCGCUUAUGACACAGCGGCAGCAUGCGAAGCAGGCAAAGCCACAGCAUCUUCGGGGCAGUGUGUGCAGAAUCAAUUACUGGCACGCAUUGCAUCAGCAGAGACUCACUAAUGACUACCACCACUAUAGCGGUUAAUCCAUUUUGGAGGUGUCUGUUUCCUCCACGAGACGAUGGCAUAUCGAGAUGCUCUCACAAGUCUGAGGGGGGUUUGUUCUGCCUUCUGAGAUACAUAUGUAUACUUGAUCUAUCAUAUAUUUCCAGCUCUCUAAAUCUGUCCUGCCAUGUGUGUAUUUGAAGUGGACUACA